UCAUAUGUCAAAAGGUCACAGUUCAACAAUGUUAUGAUUGACAGCAGGACUAUAUGAAAACGAAGGAUGGUGUUACCUGAUGCAGAAGACAACGGAUCGUUGUCAAAGGAAGGUGUGCUGAAAAAAGAGACUAAGAUGUCAAUAUUUAUUGACUGCAUUGAAGCUUUAAAGACAUUUUUAGUUGCUUACAUGACAUCGAUUUGGAGAUUUUUUGUGUCUCCUCCAAACAAAUCGGUGACGGGCGAGAUAGUAUUAAUUACGGGGAGCGGUUCAGGUAUUGGGAGACAGUUAGCAUUGGAAUUUGGAAAGUUAGGUGCUGUCCUUGUGCUAUGGGAUAUUGACGAAAAAGCAAACGAGGAAACAGGAAAUCUGAUGAAAAAGUGUGAUGCCAAAUUCCAUCUUUUCAAAUGUGAUGUUGGAAUAAAGGAAGAAGUGAAGAAAGUAGGAAGGAGAGUGAAAGAAGAAGUUGGAGAUGUGGCUAUUUUGAUAAACAAUGCUGGCAUUGUAUCAGGGACUAAACUUAUAAAUACUCCAGAUGAUAUGAUAGAAAAAGUCUUCCGUGUCAACCUAUUGGCCCAUUACUGGACUGUAAAAUUUUUCAUGCCUACAAUGAUUAGAAAAAAUCACGGCCACAUAGUAAACAUAGCAAGUUCUACUGGAUUGGUAGGUAUCAACAAACUGACGGAGUACUGUGCUUCUAAGUUUGGCGUGGUCGGAUUUACUGAGGUGCUAAGUUACGAACUAAUAUUUGGAGGUCAUGAUGGGGUUCAUACAACACUAGUCUGUCCGUCUUAUGUAGAGACAGGAAUGUUUGAGGGAUGUAAAAUGAGGUUUCCAUGGAUACUGCCCCCAUUGAAAGUUAGCUAUACAGUUGAAAAAAUAAUGCAGGCAAUUCUGACAAACCAACAAAUGAUAUGUAUACCAAGAUCUAUAUACUUCUUCACAUUUCUCAAAACAAUAUUACCUGUUGAAGCAUUUCAUGAGAUAAUAAAAUUAUUUGGUGCAGCAAAUUUUAUGGACAGUUUCAUUGGAAGACAAAAUUCUGAAAUAGAAGAGAAAACAAAUGGUUUCCAUAAUGGACAUGAGUCACAUGACACAGUCAAAACUUGAAUGGCAAGUGUGGUCAAUCAGUAGAGAGGAAAUUAAGUGUGCAAUUGAGUGAAGAAAACUUUGAAAAUCUACUGCAAUUAAUCAAUUGAAUUGAAUGUGGUUUUGUACUGUUUGAAAAAUUUCAAACAAACAUUGUAUAUAGUUAUAAGAAGAUGUGAUAUGAGUGCCAAUGAGACAACUCUCUAUCCAAGUCACAAUGUGUAAAAGAAAUGUGUUCAUUUUCACAAAAUAUUGUUGUAGUUUCAUUUGUAAUCAUGUGUACUAAUUGUGUCUUACUAGACGUUAAAUUGUAUUUUUUAUAGAUACUGUAAAUUCAGAAUUAGUUGUCAGGAUUUUGAUAGUGUAUUGAUGAUUAUGAUUGUCACAAUAAUAUAGGGUUAUUGCAUGAAUAUUGGGGACAAUAUUCCCCAAUAUUCAUGCAAUAACCCUUUUAUUGUAAAGCAAUAUAAUAUUUGAAAGUAAAAAUUUGUUUAAACUAAGAUUUUGUCUUUGAUGACGUCAUGAACUUUGAAAAUUAAUUGCACUAGUGCAAUAUUGGAAUUUAUUGCAUUCUAUCUUUUGGUUACUUUCUGUGGGAAAUAUUAUAUUGCUAUGCAAUAAUAUUAGCACUAACAUUUUGUCAUCUGGGCCCAGAAUAUUAUAUAUCUCCAUUUAGAUUUUCCUGAAAUCAAAAUAAUUCAAGUCAUAUUUUUUGUGCAUUUUUAAAAAAAUGACAAUAAUUAAGGCAUGCAAUUAUUUCUAAAUUUACAGUAGUGCAAUAAAAGCUUUUUUUCUAAUUCUUCGUCAAUGUAUCCCUUUCUGCACCCAUUGUAUAAAAAAAAUUAAUCAACGUGUGGUUCUUUGAUCUCAGACUUCAUUGGUUUAAAUCCGAUUAUGACGUCGAAUUUUUUUGCUGUCCUCUGUAAUUCCUAUUGUGAGUUUUGUGACAGCAUGAAAAAAGGCAACCAUGCCUGAUAACGUCACAUAGAAAGAACACAUCUUUUGACAGAUCAUUCGAAAAGAAGGAAUAAGUUUGCCUGCAUAAUGUUAGAAAAUCAUUAGAGAAACAGAUUCCACCACCAAAUCUUGUGUGAUACGAUAUUUAUCCACUCUCGACACUUAAAUUUUAAAUAUUUAAAACGCUCGGACAGGCCUUGCGUUUUAAAUUUGAAAAUUCAACUGUUUCCAGUGGAUAAAUAUUGUAUUACACUCGAUGCAGUGGUAGAAUCUUUAUUUAUUGCAUAGCAAUAUAAUAUAUCCCACUGAAGGUAACCAAAAGUUAGCGUGCAAUAAAUUCCAAUAUGGCACUAGUUCAAUAAAUCUUCAAAAUUCAUGAUGUCAUCAAUGACAAAUUCUUAGUUUAAAACAAUUUUUACUUUCAAAUAUUAUAUUGCUAUUCAAUAAAAGGGUUAUUGCAAUAUUGGGGAAUAUUGUCCCUCGUAGAACAUAAAUUGCACUCACAAGCUUGUGCAAUAUAAAAUUCUACUCAGGACAAUAUUCCCCAAUAUUCAUGCAAUAAACCUAUAAUAUAGUACACUGAUUCAGUUUAAAAAAUAAGAAACUAAUCUCAAUGUUACUACAUGUAUAACAAUAUUUAUCAGUGAAAUGUUUCCUUCUGUAAGAAAAAAACAACUUUUUAACAACUUUUUAUUAUGUUGCAUCUAUAUUAUUGUAUAGUAAUUGUUACUUAUUAUAUUUUUCCCGUGUUAUAUGAUGUUGAACAUAUUUGGCUGUGAUGUUUGUUUUUAUUCUCAAUACUUCUCCACUGCUCAAUUUCUUAAAUGUGAAACUUGUCAUGUUUGCCUUUGAAAACAUGACAUUUGCAAUCUUGAUUUGCUUUGAUUCUUUUUCAGUUCUUCUAAUGAUAUCAUUAAUAGUUCUUAUAAUUUAAUUCUAAUUUCCAUUUUAAACUGUAGAAAACCAUGAAAAAAUGUUGACGACGUCACAGUCACAUGACUAAAUUAUGUCUAUGGGCUCAUAACAAAAUAACAUAUGCCAAUCAGAAGACAUGUCACAUCCAAAAUUAAAUUAUUUUCCUUUAAAACAUGAGUACUUUAAUCUUAAAAUGAAUAAGAGUUAUUUCCCUUUGAGAGCAAUAACCCUGUUUCUCUUAAAUAAUUACUAAAAAAAAUAUUUUUAUUCCUAAUGGAAUUUGUAUGUUAUAUUUGAUUCGCCUAAACCAACCUCUUUUUUGGGUGUCUGUGCAUGAGGUCUUUAACUUUUGACAAAGGAGUAGGUUUGAUAAGGCCCUAGCAUGUCCCUCUAUUUACCUUAAAUUUCAAAUUAGGAUUUAUUCACCAAUAACCAAUGUUUCCUUGUCCUAAAUUUGGUUGAAAUCAGGCCAAUUUUGUCAAAUUUCUUCAAUAUCUCUUAUUUUGACCUAUUUUUGAUGUAGAAACCAACGCUUUAGAAUAAAACUUUGACAUAAAUAGUUCUUAUUUGGUUUCUCACGUGUCUUCAAGCCAACUUAACACAUAUUUUAUCAUGUACCAUUCAAUUCUAUAAUUAGGGCCAAACAUGGCCCUUGUCGAACUUACUCUUUUGUAAGCUAGAAUGUAUGUUAAACAUAAAAGAUAAUUCAUACUUUAUAAUAUACAUAUACUACCAUACAGGCCAAGUAAAUAAAUAUGUGUGCUUCCUAUUUCACUACCUACCCUAUAUUUAAAGCUUAGAAAUAAUCAACCUUAAAGUUUUAUUGGGUUGUUAUCCAUAAACACUGUUAAAGUCAGAACUUCUCUCCCAUAGACUCAAUGUAAAAAAAAUUGUAAAAUAAAAAAAAGUUUUUGUACAUAAAAUUGAAAAUGGAAAUGGGGAAUGUGUCAAAGAGACAACAACCCGACUAUAGAACAGACAACAGCAGAAGGUUAACAAUAGGUCUGCAAUGCAGCAAGAAAUUCCCACAACCGGGGACAUCCUUCAGCUGGCCCCUAAACAAAUAUACUAGUUCAGUGAUAAUGAACGCCAUACUAAAAUCCAAAUUAUACACUAGAAACUAAAAUUAAAAAUAAUGCAAGACUAACAAAGGCCAGAGGCUCCUAACUUUGGACAGGCACAAAAAUGUGGUGGGGUUAAACCUACUUUACCUAUUUUUUCAAAAAAGUAGUAGGGAACACACAUAUUAUUUUAUUUGGCCUCAUAUUAAACUAUGUACUGUAUUAAUGUUGUUGAGAUAUUGUUAUUUAAUUUGUAAAUAUAAAAACACAUAUAUAUCAAAUAGUGAAUUCAUGUGAAAAGAAUAUGCUAUCCCAUAUGGGCUAUGGUGGAGAAAAAUGGACCUUAUGCAAAUAAAUGUAUCCUUUAAGUCUGUCACGGUAUAGACAUUCAUAAGAACCUUUCAAAACAGACCGUAUUUGAAUGUUCCAAAACCAAUCAAAAGUCUCAUGCAUAUAGAUAAGUAUGUGCACUUGCAUAAUGUUGAUUUCAACCCUGAUGCAGCUCAUUUGUUUAGUGAGGAGCUUUUGGUGAUUGGUCAAAGUAGUCUCACUACUGUAUCACUAGCCUGUCACACUGAGGUUGUCACAUAUCACAUGUGGCAGGUAAGAUCAGCUUAAUUCUUUAAAUAAUUGACAAGGAUUGUCAAGGUCAACAGUUUUUAGCUUACACUUUGGCUUCCUUCACUUAAUAAAAAUGCAGACCUAAAAAUUGCACAGAAGUGCUGAAAAACAUAAGUGCUUUAAACACCAGUCAAUCAAUGGUAACAUGUAUAAAUACACUUUAAUGUGGAUCAAUUUUAAUCUUCUCAUUAUGUCCAUGGAAAGACAACGUGCAAUUGUAUUCAGCAAAUUACUGUGGAUUCUUUAUUAUUUGCUGGAUACAAUUUAACAUUCUCUUUCCAUGGACAUAAUGAGAAGCGGGUACAGGUGAAACUCAAUGACAAGGAAAUACAAAUUUGCUAUAAAAGUUGAUACAGACUUUGGAAGAACCAUGAAAUUGCAUAUCCACGUAAAUGCAAGGUUUCCACAAUCCACAGAAAUUGGCACCUACAAAAAUAAAAUGAAUCCAUAGUAUUUUGUUUUGGGCAUAACAAUAAAGAUACAAAAAAAUGAGUAUUAGAAAUGAAGAAAAGAGAAUAUAGCAUUAGAACCAACAUAAUACAAAAUGGAAAUUUUAUGUUCUUGUUAUUCUGUAAAUUUCAAUUUAUAAUGAGGUUUAUUGCUACUCUACAUAUAUUGUUUGUUAAUUGUUAUAAUAUGUUAUGUUGUAAUUGGUGCUACAAAAAAAUGUUUAGAUUAAAUAA